AUGAGUAAGAAUUUCAUCGACUUCGAACAAUACCCCCAAACUGCACAUAUCCAGAACCGCUGCGUGAGCAUGAUCGCUGGGCUCUUACACGCACCCACAAAUAAUGACGGAAGCGAACAAGACUCGAUCGGCACGUCGACGGUCGGAUCAUCCGAGGCCAUCAUGCUAGGUAUGUUGGCUAUGAAGAAACGAUGGCAGAACCGACGUAAAACAGAGGGAAAAGACUGGUCCAGACCGAAUAUUGUUAUGAAUAGCGCGGUGCAGGUCUGCUGGGAGAAGGCGGCGAGAUAUUUCGACGUCGAGGAAAAGUAUGUCUACUGUACUGAUACUAGAUACGUAAUCGAUCCGCAGACGGCGGUGGAUUUGGUUGAUGAGAAUACCGUUGGGAUCUGUGCGAUCGUGGGCACGACGUAUACGGGCCAGUAUGAGGAUGUCAAAGCCAUCAAUGAUCUCUUGACGGAGCGAAACAUUGACUGUCCGAUCCACGUGGAUGCGGCGAGUGGUGGAUUUGUGGCGCCGUUCGUCAAUCCAUCCAUGAUUUGGGAUUUUCAGUUGGAGAAGGUGGUGUCGAUCAAUGUGUCCGGGCAUAAAUAUGGGCUAGUAUGUCGUCUGGGUCCCUUUGCUGGCUCUUUCUAA